CGACCAAACUCAGCACAAACACCCCUCAUAAAUUUACACAACAUUUUCUACACAAACGAGACACAAACACGCAAUAGUAAACAAAAUAGCAAUCACACUAAAACGAUUGAAAUAAACCACGAUAAAACACUGAUAACUUCUCUAUACCACCACUUCUAUUGUCAAAACGCGCUACAAACACUGCUCAUAAUUUUAGACGACAUUUUUUGCAUAACUGGCGUAUAAAGAGCAAGUAAUUAUCAAAGUAGUAAUAAGAUAGAGAAGAGGAGAACCAGGGUAUUUACAUUGUAUCAGCUGUUUAGACGGAGGGUGGAGUGGCCAGCAUUGUUUUCAACCUUAACUCUAUUUCCUCCACUCUGGGGCGUCACCUGUACCUGAGGAGCUGCAGCAGAGGCGAGGGGCGUCCGAGGCAGGUGUGGGGUGUUACAGUUGCUGGUGUGGACCAUGAAUGACAAGGUGGAGUUGAAUCAUGACACAGUCGGGCCAGACAGCCUUGCCCUAGAGGUGGGCCACCAGCAGGACAACCACCACCACCACCACCACCAACAGGAGCAGCAGCAACAGCAGCAGCAGCAACAACAACAACAACAACAACAACAACAGCAACAACAACAACAACAACAACAGCAACAACAACAGCAGCAGCAACAGCAGCAGCAGCAGCAGCAGCAGCAGCAAUUGCUGCUGCAGGAACAACUGGAGCAGCAGCAGCAGGAACAUUACCACCAUCAUCACCAUCACCACCACCACCACCAUCACCAUCAGCUACAACAGCACCUCCAACACCUGCAGCACCUGCAGCAGCAGCAGCAGCAGCAGCAGCAGCAGCAGCAUGAGCAUGAGGGAGUACCACCCCUCAAGGUGGAGCAGCGGGGGGGUGAGGAGGGGCUGGGGCCGCCGCUGCAGCCCGGCGAAGCAGUGCCUGGGCUACCCAAGGAGCCAGGGGGGCCGCUGGGGCCGGGGCGGAAAGUGGGGGCGAAGAGCAAGUCCAGCAUGGGGCCGCCGCCCCGGCCCUUCAAGAAAGCACGGUAUGCGUGGGAGAUCAAGAACUAUGAGCACACGGUGAGCAAUAUGACGCAGAGCCUCGGUGGUGAGUGCUCUGUGGAGCUGCAGGACGACUCCCAGGACUCCCAGAGCAGCGACGUCAACAGCGACGGCAGCCAGGAGGACGGUGCCCCCACCGCUCGGGACGACCUGCCCGCCGGUGGCCUGGACCGGGCCGCCUUCAUGGACCCCCGGGCCAGGCCCAGACCGGACCUCAUGCCCCCCAUCAUGCCAGCCCCCUACCCCACCACCUACGGCAUGAUGGCUGCCCCCCCGCCCCCCGAGGCCUGUCCCCCGCCCGGCGAGGGCCCCAAGGAGGGGCCCCCUGUGCCGCCGGACCCUGAUGCGGGCAUCCUGCGGUGGCACGCGCGGCAGCUGUGCCGCAGCAUCCUGGACAACACCAUGAACCGCAUGCUGGAGAACAUGGGUUUCUCCCCCGUGACGGAGCGCUCCCAGGGCAUCCACCCGCUGCUGGUGCUGAGCCUCAGCGAUGAUGAGGAGCGCGAGGCGGAGGAGGCCCAGCGCGCCCUGGAGAAUGAGGCACUGACGGCCGCCAUGCACCACAAGGGCCUCUUCCUGCCGCCCUACCACUACGACCCGCUGGAGAGCGCCACCACCACCGACUAUGACUCCUCUGAGGAGGACAGCGACCUGCCUGAGGACCCCAGCCCUGAUGACCUACCCCCCCACGACCCCCCCCUGCGCCUUGCACCCGCCGUGGCCCGCCCCCUGCCCCGGCCGCCAGAGGUGCAGCCCCCCUCACCCCGCAGGCCCACCCCACCCCCCCGGCCCCCGGAGGUGGACUGUGAGGGGGAGAGCCAGGAGGGGAAGCCCGACCUGGACGCCAACAAGAACAGCAUGGCAGGCGACCUGAGCCCCUGUCCCGACCCCCCGCCCCAGGCCCCCACCCCGACACCAGCCCCCAACCUGGCCCCCACCCCGGCUCCCGUCCUAGCCCCGCAGGAGCCCCGCGGCGAGGCCCUGAAGCAGCCGGGCCGUGAGGCGCAGCACAAGGCGGAGAACGAGAACAACAACGACAAGUACUUUGUGGACCAGGCCAUCGAGGUGGCCAUCAAGCACCAGGGCCUGGGCUACCAGCAGGCGUGAUGGCCCAGCUGCCACACCCCCACCCCUCCCCAGCCCCACAGUCCCCCCCGGCCUGCAGCUCGUAGCAUAGUCCCGCCGGGAACCUGGAACGGUGUCGUCUGUCAUAAUAUUAUGCUUUUUAUAUUACGAAAAGUGACCGUCAAAUUGUUUGCUGGCGAUGUGUAGCGCUCCAGACACUCUCCACACGGCCUUGUGUCUCCUAGUCUGUUUGCAGUCAUUCGUUACGUUCCCGUGUUUGUUUCCGAGUCGUGAUACUCAUUACCUUAGUGUGCAGCGGCGGCGGCGGCAGCAGCAGCAGCCAAGUGAGGCAGUGCUGAGCUUUAAUGUGUUCAGUGUGUGGCGGGUGCAGCGAGGGGCCGGCAGGCAGCACAGCAACACAGCAACACAGCCACAGCCACAGCAACACAGACACACACACUAGUGCAGCACUCAUCCAACACAACAAAGACACAGCAACACAAGACACACACCACACAGCAACACAGCUAGGCCCUCACACACACACACACACACACACACACACACACACACACACACACACACACACACACACACACACACACACACACACACACACACACACACACACACACACAGCCCUUCUCUGCCCCCCACCCAUGCAGUUCUCCUUACUUCUAUAGAUAUCACUUCAACUUAUCAGAGUUCCUGGUUAUUUCAGAAAAAAGAAUAAGACUUCAUAGUGUUCAUCAUCAAAUCUUUCACAAUAUUGAUCCCCCCCUGCCCCCACCUUCCCUUCCCUUGACAUGUUUUGGUGUACCCCCCCCACCCAUGCACCCCCCACAUAAAGAGGAUGAGGAAUUGGGGAAGGAGGAAGAGGAGGAGGGGAGAGAAAAAUGAAUGAAAGAUAGAGAGAGAGAGAAAAAAAAUGGUGUUUGGUUAUUUUUUUUGUAAGUUAGUUUGUAGGAUUUUAAUGUUAUUUUUAAAGAAUAACUCAAUUUUGCUCUUUGCUUGUGUGUGUGUGUGUGUGUGUGUGUGUGUGUGUGUGUGUGUGUGUGUGUGUGUGUGUGUGUGUGUGUGUACAUCCCUCUUCUCCUAACCCUAUAAUACUUUUGUACCAUAUUGAAACCCUUCAUACAAAAUGGCAUUUAUUAGACAUUUAUUAUGGCAGAGAAGAAAAAUUAUUACCAUUAUUAUUAUUAUUAUUAUUAUUAUUAUUAUUAUUAUUAUUAUUAUUAUCAUCAUUAUUAGUUAUGGGUGAAAAUGUGAAGAUUACUUGAAGGGAUUUAUUUGAUAAGCUUUGUAUUGACUCUAGGCUGUGUGUGUGUGUGUGUGUGUGUGUGUGUGUGUGUGUGUGUGUGUGUGUGUGUGUGUGUGUGUUUGUGUGUGUGUGUGUCCGUUCAGCAUUCACAGCAUUUAUUCACAGCUUCUUGACUGGCCUGAGCAAGUUAAGCUUUUUAUUAUUUCUUAAAUUCUAUAGUUUCCCUCUUUUUUUUUUUCCCCUAUUAUGGUUAUGAGGCAUUUUUCCCCGCCAGGUGAUAGGGAGAGGUGAGGCUUGUUAAGUGGCAGGUGUGAGGUGCAGGUACUUACUGGUUCAUUAUGGUUUAUAAAUUAAUUGUUUUGUUUGUUUGGCUCAACCUGUCGUUUAUUGUGUCACUUAUGAACAUACAGGGUGGUUCAGAAAGAUGGUUACUCUGUCAUAUAUUUAAAUGCCUAAAGACUACUACUACUAAUACUGCUACUAAUACUAAUACUAUACAGGGUGGUUCAGAAAGAGGUGAUUAUUCUCUCAUAUAUUUGAAUGCAUAAGCACUCCUUAAUAUACAGGGUGGUUCAGAAAGAGAGGAUUACUCUAAUAUACAAGGUGGUUCAAAAAGAGGUGAUUAUUGUGUCAUAUAUUUGAAUGCUUAAACACUAAUAAUAUACUGGGUGGUUCAGAAAGAGAUGAUUACUUUGUCAUAUAUGUGAAUGCUGAAAUGCUACUUAAUAUAAAGGGUGAUUCAAAAAGAUGAUUACUCUGUCACAUAUUUGAAUGCCAAAUGCUACUUAAUAUACAGGAUGGUUAAAAAAAUUAUUACUCUGUCCUAUUCGAGUAAGUAAACAUUUUUCGAUAUACAGUGUGGUUCAAAAAAGAAAUUGUUUGCUUUAUGACAUGGUAUAUUUGAGUAACUAAGCACUUUUCAACAUACAGGGUGCUUCAAAAAAAGAUGUUUAUUAUGUCAUAUAACUGAAUGCCUAAACACUACCUAAUAUACAGAGUGGUUCAGAUAGAGAUAUUUACUGUGUCAUAUAUCUGAAUAACUAAACAUUUCUGAACAUACAGGGUGCUUCAAAAAGUGCUUACAGUAUGACAUGGUAUAUCUUGAGUAGCUAGUGCCUCAAUGUAUGUACAGGGUGCUCCAAAAAAGAAAUUAUUUACUUUAUGACAUGGUAUGUUUGAGUGACCAAACACUUCUGGAUAUGCAGGGUGGUUCAAAAAGAGAUGAUUACUGUGUCAAAAAUUUAUGUCUUUUGUCUAGAUUUUGAAUUACUUUUUACAAUUGAUACUUUUUAAAACUAAAGACAUGAUUACUUGAUCUUCACCUUGAUGAAUUAAAAGAAAAAUUAUAUCCAGGUGUUAUCACAGGUAAAGUCAAACAAACACUUAAAACACACACCAAAAGUUGUCUAUUGUCUAGAUUUUUAUAUUUUCUUUACAUUUGAUACUUUUUUUUUAAUUAAAGAUGAAAUUACUAGAUCUUCACCUUUAUAAAUUUAAGAAACUGUUAUAUCCAAGCGUUAUCAAAGGUAGAGUAAAGAAAACAAUUCAGACACACAAAAAUUCAUGUGUAUUGUCUAGAUUUUGAAUAAUCUUUUGCAUUUGAUACAUUAAUUUCUUAACUAAGGACAAAAUUACUAGAUUCACACUUUAAAAAAAUUCAAAAACUACAAUGUCCGUUAUUUAUAAACCAUAAUUCACCUGUGUCUGUACAUUUGUCUCUCUCUGAGUUGAGGAUAAUGUAUUUUUAGAACCCAAAGCUUUCAUAUAUAUUUGCCUAACCUAAUUAUCUCAGCUGGAAUACUUGCAGUGCUUAUUAAGAAGCUCCAUUACCUGACUUGUUGGCCCCACCACUGCAGAGAGAGAGAGAGAGAGAGAGAGAGAGAGAGGCUGAAUAAUCCGCACAAUUUCUUCUCACGCACAAAUAAACAAGAAAUGACAAAUCAUAGUCCACCUCAUGUCAGUUAUCUACCCCAAACUCUCCUGCAGGUGUGUGUGGAGCUCGUGUGUAGGUGUGGAGCGUGUGUGCUGUGUGUGUGUGUGUGUGUGUGUGUGUGUGUGUGUGUGUUAUCUCGAAGCAGUUUUUCCCCUUCCUGUUUCCUUUAUUUUCACCGUUCUAUAUGCAUUUGGUUCAGGUGGAGUGGUGUCAUGGAGGAGGAGGAGGAGGAAGAAGGUAGGAAGAUAGAUUUUUACGUAUUGUGAUCUUGUGAGAGUUAAUGUGAAGCUUUAUCGGUAGCGUUACAAGAGUGAGAGUGCGUCAGUGUGAGUGUGUGAGUGUGAGGUGUGUCUCCUGGCCAGCUUGUGUUCUGUUAAGUGUGUAGAGUGAGAGUGUGUUUGUAUGUGUGUGUGUGUGAGAGCGGCCUUUGGGAGAUGUCACCUGUCUUUCACGUCACAGAGUUAGAGUUUUGUCCCAGUGGCUUUGGCUUGUACUUUGAAACGCUGCACUCUUUCACCAUUACGAUUCUCAAAGGCCACAGAGAUCAGUAGCCAGAUUUUCAAGGGUUUUUUCUCUAGUUAGUAAUGUUGAAAUUGUGUUAUUCUGUCACUAGAAGAUUAGAACACCCUGAAAAACUUGUUGUAAUCAUGUUAAUCGGUCACUAGAACCAUUAAAACGGCCUUGAAACUUGCCAAAAUAAUGUUAAUCUGUCACCAGAACCAUAAGAACCCUUGAAACUUGCCAAAAUCAUGUUAAUCUGUCACUGGAACCAUAAAAACCCUUGAAACUUGCCAAAAUCAUGUUAAUCUGUCACUGGAACCAUAAAAACCCUUGAAACUUGCCAAAAUCAUGUUAAUCUGUCACUAGAACCAUAAAAACCCUUGAAACUUGCCAAAAUCAUGUUAAUCAGUCACUGGAAGAUUAAAAUACCCUUAAAACUUGCUGAAAUCUUGUUAAUCUAUCCCUGGAACCACAAAAACAUCCUUAAAAAUCUUUGUAUCUUCAACCACUGCCUUUGGAAAGUAGUGGAGGAGUGACGUGGAAGUGUCUCACAAUACAAGCCUGUGUCUGUUCCACCUGUCUGGUCCGCAUGUGGCCGGCAGGACCCGUGAUGGCAGUUUUUAUACCAAAUGAACAAUGAUCUCCACAGGGGGGGGGCCUGCGGUGGAGGAGGUGCCCCAGUGGUACUUGUGAUAGCGCGGUGUACAGUGAGGGGCGCCACCACCACCACCACCACCCCCCCCUGUGCCCUGUGAGAGGAGCACCCACUCCACCAGUCAGCCCACACACCACCAGUUACUGACACCCCCAGUUGAGACAUUUUCCUUAUCCUGUACAGUUGUCACCAGUCUGUCACAAGGCUCGUGUUGAUGUCACUCGGAAAUUCGUGUUUUUUUUUAAUGGUUUUUGUCAUGGAGAAAUCAUUGGUAAGUUAUUACAGUUGUUGCUAGUCUGGUGCUGCAAGAUUCACGUUGAUGAUAUUUUGGAAUUGUCCUUUUUUUAAUGAUUUUUUUCUUAGGUUUUGUUAUAAGUAGUUGCUCCUAAAACAAUACAUUUUAUUCAAGGGUGGUACAACAAAUUUCACUUGUAUUUUUUUUUAAUUUUUUGUUUAUUUAUUUAUUUUUUUUUAUUGAGAGAUCAGUGUCAAACCAUCAUGUUUAUCUUGAGGCUGAUACAACAAAUUUCACAUUGAUUUAUUUUUUAUUUUUAUGGUUUUGUUGAGUUUUGUCAAAGAAAUCACUCACAAACCAUCACUUUUAUAUCAAACUUAUUUGUACAUUAUUUAAUUGAGUUCCAUCAUAAUUCACAGUCCAGCCUGAAUUUAGAUAAAACCAUACAAGGAAUCACCAUAAACUAAUUUAUCACAAGUCACAUUUCAAAUUUUUUGGCAAAGAGAAGCACCUCAUAAACCCACUUUUUUUAUAAUUUUAUUUUAAGUUCCACCAUAAUUCAGCCAAUCAGCAUUGUGAUAAACUGUACAGGCAAAGGAGUGACCAUGACAAACCAGUGUGUUGUUCCCAAGAGACACACACUUCACCGUUCAUUGACCAAGACACACUUACUGCAUUGUCACACUACCCACAAUGAUCUGUAGAGUAAAAAGUGAAAUUCAUGUUAGGCGCAGCAGCUGUUGGCUCUGGGUGUCUCACAACUGGCCUUAUGUAGCAACGGAAGGCUCUGGGCUCUUUAUUCUCCUUCCGUUGGGUGUUAACUGAGUUUCUCUGCUUCUGUGACUGUCGGCGUUCUGGCAACACUAGUGAGGCUUGGAGAAGUGGCCAGGGCAGUCUGAGGCUUCCCCUUGCUUGUCCAGACUUUAAACCACCCAUAAAAUGCUGUUUGGUAAAUGCUGUUCAGUUGUGCCUCCAGCCCAGCGUGUGGUUGUCAAUGCUGUGCUGUGGGUAAGUCAUUCUAUGUCUCAUCAAGCUGCCCUGGCCGCCCCACAGCCUCUCGGACACUGUAUUGCCCCGAGUGGAUGCUGACAGCUGCCCUUCUCCCAACCUGAGUGUUUCACCUGCCAGUUUAAUGUGGUAUAGUAGAUUUUUGUACCGACGCCACAGUUAAGGCCACUCGACCCCUGGGAGGAGUGUGCAGUGCUGUGUGUGCUGUGUGCUGUGUCCCGGUGCUGUGGUCUUGUGCCAUGCCAGUGCCAUCACUCACCUGUGGCACUGAGGCAUGGUGGGUGCCGUGUAUGGUGUGAGUGUGUCAGAAGGGAGGCUGGCAGCUGUGUAAGUUCCUUCUGUUCAUGUGGUGUCAUAAGGAACACUUCUUUCUGUACAUACAUUCAUACAUACAUACAUACAUGCAUACCUAAGUGUUUCAUAAGUGUCUUUCGGGAAUCAUUUUCCGUCUUUCAGUUCCAAUACGCUUUUAUUUCCUGGAGUUUUUUGUUUUUUAAUAUGGUGGUCGCAGAGAGAGGUGCAUCAGUGGGUGCCGUGUUGUGGCUGGUGCGGCUCACUGGCCAGGAUACAGUUAAGUCAGCAUUACAUCAACAUUACACCAGCAUUACACCAGCAUAGCAUCAGCCACCACUUGAAAAAACACAAAAACAACACGUCCUAUUACUUAUGAGUGGCGCCACACACCACAGGAGGCAGGGCGCAGGUGAUGUGGCCUUGCAGACAGACAAGCAGUGGUGUGUGGGUGCAGGAAGGUGCUGUCACUAUAAUCCUCUGCUGUUUGAGGUGCAUAGGAUUACUGACCCUGAAAACUUGAGAAACUAAACCAAUGUGUGUGUGCAAGCAUCCUAGAUCUGAGAGUUAAGUGUGAUACUGUGACUUUGGUGCCCCAGUGACCCCGUGUGGUGCCCUAGUGACCUGUGUACUGUACUGUGUUCCAAGGGUGAGCCAGCAACACUGUGCUGUGAGUGUUGUGCACUGUCGCUGGUGAGGUCCACCCCUGGUGCUGGACAUACAUACACACACACACACACACACACACACACACACAUACACACACAUGCUUCAGGCACCGCUGGGUAUAGGUCAUCAUGCCACAGACUCCAUUGUUUGUUUAUUUAACGGUGUGACGCCACAGACAGUCAGGCUGGAUUUGUAUUUACCGAUGAUGAUUGUUUUCAUUUUUACUCUCUCCUUCGUACGUAGCUGAAUGUAGUCAGAUUUUAUUUAUUAAUCUAAAUUAUGAAUGUUAGUUUUAUUAUUUAUUGGGUGGAGUGUCGGCAGCGAGGGCACAUCACUGCUGGGUGAGUCCGUGCCCCGCCAUGAAAUCUCACUACACAGUCCUCAGCUGAGCCUCCGCCAGGCCGCCAGAGCACCCUCAGAGCAGUGCGUGACGUCCCUUGCCUCGGGACGGCCACACCCUGCUCUCCACGGCUCGCUCUGGCACCAGUCACCCAGAUGACAUAUCCAACUCUAAACUGACGUGCUGGCCUGCUCUCCACUGUGCUGCAUGCUUCUGUCAACAAGUCCUUCCAUUUGCUGACAAUCUUAGAGGAUGAGACAGUUUGUGGUGCAUCAGCUUAGGGGACUUGUGGCUGGAGGGGCAAGACAGUGGAAGCAGGCACAGCAGGUUAGGUGAUUGAUUACCACAGCUGUUCUCUACACAGGACAAUAGGCAGCCACACACUGUCAUCCACCAGAUGUGACACAAACACUGCAGAGACUCGGCCAGCAUCACCUCACUCAGGCCUGUAUUUUGAAACACUUCUGGCCACACGUCCACUACUUUCCAAAGCCUCUAGUUGAUGUGACAAGGGUUCUCAAGGGUGUUUUCAUGUUUGUAGUGGCAAAUUAACAAGAUAUCUGCACUAUUCACAGGAGAAACAGGUUUUUAAAGAUGUUUUCAUAUUUGUAGUGGCAGAUUAACAAGAUUUCUGCACUAUUAGCAGGAGAAACUGUUGAGAACCCGGCUGAUCAUCUCUGUGGCCUUUGAAAAUAGUCGUGAUGAGAGAGCAGUGUUUUCAAAUACAGCUUUGAGUCUUCACUGUCAGAAAGAUGCAGGAUAAACAAGUUCCUUUAUGAAAACCUGAAGAACAAGAUACAAAACAGUAAAAUAAAAGGAACAUAUACACAAGAGGUGAUAUUGUACGAGAAUCUACAGUAUUUCAAUUCCAACCCUGACAAAUAUUCAUCUGCCACAAUAUGAUUACUUACCUCCCUCUCCUCCUCCUCCUCCUUGUCCCCCUCUUCCUCCUCCUCCCAGCAAAGUGACCGCCAUCCAUCAUCCCAUGUUCUGUUAUUUUCUUGAGUCUGUGUCCACCCCCUUAUUCAGAGAUGCAGGGUUGGCAGCUCACAGGAGAAGCCACGGUGUCUGUGGGUCCUCUUAAGAUAUUGGCUUUGUGGUGAGAAAAUUAAUCUGUGCUGCUAAUGGUAUUUUUUUAUUUAUUUAUUUAUUUUUUUUUUGGCUGUUAUUUAUGUAUAUUUUUUGUUUUUUUAUAUUCAUUGCUUAUUUUUUUGUUUGUUUUUCUUUUUUCUCUUAUCUCUCUCUCUCUCUCUCUCUCUCUCUCUCUCUCUCUCUCUCUCUCUCUCUCUCUCUCUCUCUCUCUCUCUCUCUCUCUCUCUCUCUCUCUCUCUCUCUCUCUCUCUCUCUCUCUCUCUCUCUCUCUCUCUCUCUCUCUCUCUCUCUCUCUCUCUGCUGUUUAUGUCACUUUUUGUUUUGCUGUAUAUCUGUUUUCUCUUUGUUCUUCUUUUGUUUCUUUGUUCUUUGUUCUUCUUUGUGUUUCUGUUUAGCUUCUGUUUUCAUUGCUUUUUUUUUUCUCCUAUGUCUCUCUUUCUCUGUGGUUUGUUUUUUGUGUAUCCUUUUCUCUCUUUUAUUCCAUUUUCUUGUCAUUUUGUUUUAUUCUUCUAUUUCUCUGUAUCUCUAGUUUACUGUUUUUUUUAUCACCUUAUCAUCCCUGUUCUCUUUUAUCCUCAUUUCCUCUAUCACCAUUGUUUAUCAUUUUGUAUCAUCUUAUCCUUUGUUUUAUCUCCUUUUUUUUUCCCCCUUGUCAUUUUAUUUUCCUUCCUGUUCUCACUGUCUCACAUUUGUUACUUUUUUUGCUUGACAAUUGAGUGAUAUGUAGAAAUGUUUGUCUUUCUACCAAUCAGUCAGUCAGUCAGUCAGCCAGUCAAUCAAUCAGUCAGUCAGUCAGUCUCUAUUUGUCUCUCAGUCAGUCAGUCAGUCAGGCAUUCAGUCAUUCUGUUUAGCUUUUAUUAUCAGUCAGUCAGCCAGUCAGUUUUGUUUAUAGUCUGUGCUUGUUGCUAUCUCUCUCUCUCUUCUCUGUAUUUAUUUAUCAUUCUCAUUAGUUCUCUCUUGUUUAUUGGAUUUUUGUCCAUCUUCCAGGCUUUCACUUUCCAUUUUGUUUCAUUUUCAUUUCCUUAAUCUUUCAUUGUUUCUUUGUUCUUCCCUGUUUGUCUUUAUUUGUCUUUCUUCAUGUUUUCUUUCCUGUCUCCCUCUGUCUUUGUUUGUUUGUUUUCAUUCCUGUCUGUCUGUCUUGUUUGUCUUCUUUCCCUAGUCUUUCUUUAUCUAUGUUUCUCUCUCUCUUUUAGUUUCUCUGUUUACUCUCUUCAGUCUUUCAUCACCUUUUUCUUCUCUCCUUCUGUUUGUGUUUCACCAUCUGUCUAUCUGUCUGUCAGAGUCUGCAGACAAAUUACUACUACUACUACUACUACUACUACUGGAAGCUUUUUCGUUGAACCUCACAAACUGAAUGAUACUCACCUGCACAAUGGACGACCGUGUGAUCCAUGUAGAAAUAUUAAAAAAAGGAAAAAAAGACAAAAAAAAAAACAAACUAAAAAAUAAAAAUAAAAAAAAAUGAAAAAAUUGGUAGCUUUAUAUAAAUUUUAUUGUUGGGUAAUAGGGAGAAUAGGAAAUAUGUGGCUUUGUACUAUACCCUGAGCUGUAAAAUGACUAGAAAUAAAAGAACUGUUCUAUU